AUGGCCCCUCCCCCGCCGGACCCAGGAUGGCCACCACCCCUAGCUACACCCGCGACAACGACAACCCCCAUGGUUACAGUACUCGUUACACCGAACGGGAUACCCACGCCCACCCUCGUGCCAGCAACCGGCACAAUACGCGCUCCGCUCCCGUCAUCCUCCUCCGACCCGGAUUCGGAGCCCGACACGAACCAGCCCCCUGCCGCCACACCACUAAACCCACGCCAGCUACGUUCCAAAUUAGCUGCCGACAAAUUCCUGGCCCGACAUGAUCGCAUCCGGGCAACUCGCGCCGCCACGCGGCCUCUCACACGCCAACCCAGCCCAUCCAGGCUGAGCAACACUCACGCCAACCACACGGCAACUCCAACCCCAUACCUCUCUGAGGAUGAUAAACCCAUCCGUCCCCGACCUGCUAGCAAGCCAUCCCCGCCCACUACCCCACCCCAGGCCCUGCCCUCCAAGUCCGCCCACGGCCCAGCCACGUACACUACCAAGCCAACCACACCUACCUCCACCAAGACCAUACGCAGCUCCUCCACGCAAAGCUCGCUCCCCGCGGCAUGGCUACGUACACAGAAACCCGAUAACACAACAGGACCCAUGGACCUCGCGCGAGAAACUCUCCAUCCCCUACCACCACAGCCACUCCUUGCCAGUGCACCCAAUACUGCACUCGCCACCCAUGCUCCCCGUCAUCAUCCCACUACUCCAGCACAUCCCCUUCCUACCCAUGCCAUCACAAUACCGACCAGCAAUUGUCUCACACCAUCCCCUACCACUGCCUCACCACCUCCUCCGACUACUGCCACGCUGCUACGGUAA